AAACUGCGGAGGACACAACUGCAUCUCCUAUUUCACAAAACAAGCUCAUAAAGUUACACGAUGCCUGCUCAGAUCAUCUGCGGGAAAACCAUCUCAGCUCAGGUUCGAGAGAGGCUGAAGGAAGAGGUGGAGGAGAUGAAAAAGACUCAUCCCAACUUCGAGCCAGGCCUUGUUGUGUUACAGGUGGGAGACAGAGAUGACUCAAACUUGUACAUUAGCAUGAAGCUAAAGGCUGCUGCCCAGAUUGGGAUCACUGCUGUACAUAUAAAGCUUCCAAAGACUGCGACCGAGACUGAGGUUUUGCAGAGUGUGACUGAAGUCAACGAGAACUCCAAGAUCCAUGGGCUCAUAGUCCAGCUGCCCCUCGACUCCAUCCACACUAUUAACACAGAAAGAGUCAUCAAUUCUGUGGCUCCAGAGAAAGAUGUGGAUGGUUUGACUAGCAUCAAUGCAGGGAAACUGGCACGUGGUGAUCUUGGAGACUGUUUUAUCCCAUGUACUCCUAAUGGAUGUAUGGAGCUCAUCAAACAAACAGGUGUGUCUUUGGCAGGAAAGAGGGCUGUGGUUAUCGGACGCAGUAAGAUUGUUGGCGCACCAAUGCAUGAUCUUCUCCUUUGGAAUCACGCAACUGUAACAACCUGUCAUUCAAAGACUGCAGACUUGGUCUCUGAGGUAGGAAAGGCAGACAUCCUGGUGACUGGGAUUGGCAAACCAGAGAUGGUGCAUGGAGAUUGGCUGAAGACUGGUGCUGUGGUCAUUGACUGUGGAAUUAACACUAUCGCAGAUAGUAGCAGGCCAAGUGGGAAGAGAGUUGUUGGAGACGUUCACUAUGACUCUGCCAAAGAUCGAGCUGCGUUUAUCACUCCUGUGCCUGGAGGAGUUGGCCCAAUGACUGUAGCCAUGCUCAUGAAGAACACAGUAUUGAGUGCCAAGCAUUUCCUUCAAGCACAAAAACCUGGGAAGUGGACCAUAAAUUACCCCACACUCAACCUGCUGCGUCCUGUUCCCAGUGAUGUGGCCAUUUCUCGCUCCUGUGUUCCUAAACCCAUCGAGUGUCUUGCUAAGGAAAUUGGUCUUCUUUCGGAUGAAGUUGAGCUCUACGGCAGGACCAAGGCCAAAGUCCAACUGAAAACCAUUGAUCGACUGCAGACUCAGCUUGAUGGCAAAUAUGUGGUUGUAACAGGAAUUACUCCGACUCCUCUGGGUGAAGGAAAGAGCACCACCACAAUAGGGUUGGUUCAAGCUCUCGGAGCUCAUCUCAAACUCAAUGCAUUUGCGUGUGUGCGGCAGCCAUCACAAGGCCCAACGUUUGGCAUCAAAGGUGGUGCUGCUGGCGGGGGCUAUUCUCAAGUCGUUCCCAUGGAAGAGUUCAAUCUUCAUCUGACCGGUGACAUUCAUGCCAUUACUGCAGCCAACAACCUUGUAGCUGCUGCAGUGGAUGCUCGUAUGUUCCAUGAAGCCACGCAGUCUGAUAAGGCUCUCUUUAACCGCUUGGUACCGUUGGCUGAGGGUCAGAGGAAGUUUUCCCCGGUUCAGAUCAACAGACUUGAAAGACUAGGCAUAAAGAAAACAGACCCCAGCACAUUAACAGAGGAGGAAAUCACGCGCUUCGUCAGGCUGGACAUUGACCCCGAGUCUGUCACUUGGCAGCGAGUGCUGGACACAAAUGAUCGUUUUCUUAGGAAAAUCACGAUUGGCCAGUCUCCUACUGAGAAGGGCUUCACCAGGACUGCCCAGUUUGACAUCACUGUUGCCAGUGAGAUUAUGGCAGUUUUGGCUCUCACUACCAGCCUGGAGGACAUGAAACAGAGGCUAGCCAAAAUGGUAGUUGCCACCAGUCGCAGCGGUCAACCUGUCACCACAGAGGACUUGGGAGUGUGUGGAGCUCUGACAGUCCUCAUGCGAGAUGCUAUCAAGCCAAACCUCAUGCAGACUCUGGAGGGAAACCCUGUGUUUGUUCAUGCUGGGCCUUUCGCCAACAUUGCACAUGGAAACUCCUCAAUCUUGGCUGAUAAAAUUGCUUUGAAACUAGUUGGACCUCAGGGAUUUGUGGUCACAGAAGCUGGGUUUGGAGCAGAUAUUGGAAUGGAGAAAUUUUUCAACAUCAAGUGUCGCUACUCUGGUCUCAAGCCUCAUGUUGUGGUGUUGGUUGCUACAGUCCGAGCACUUAAGAUGCAUGGAGGUGGUCCGACGGUUACUGCAGGCACCCCUCUGCCAAAAGAAUAUAUUGAAGAGAACUUGACUCUGCUGGAAGCUGGAUGUGCUAACAUGAGGAAACAAGUGGAGAAUGCUAAGCUUUUUGGAGUUCCAGUAGUGGUUGCUGUCAAUGCUUUCAAGACAGACACACAGGCUGAGCUAAAUCUGAUCUGCAAGAUGGCCAAAGAGGCAGGAGCGUUUGAUGCCGUGCCCUGCUCUCACUGGGCUGAUGGUGGCGCUGGUGCUGUAGAUCUGGCUCGAGCUGUUCAAAGAGCUGCAGACCUGCCCAACAGCUUCCAAUUUCUCUAUGAUGUUCAGUUACCAAUAGCAGACAAGAUCAGAAUCAUUGCGCAGAAGAUCUAUGGUGCAGAUGACAUUGAACUUCUCCCAGAGGCCCAACAAAAAGUGGAGCGGUACACCAAACAGGGUUUUGCGGAUCUGCCCAUAUGUAUGGCCAAAACUCAUCUGUCUCUCUCACACGAUGCUGAAAAGAAAGGCGUUCCUACUGGAUUCGUUCUUCCCAUUCGUGACAUUCGUGCUAGUGUUGGGGCAGGAUUCCUCUACCCGCUUGUUGGCACUAUGCCGACUAUUCCUGGUCUUCCUACUCGUCCAUGCUUCUAUGACAUUGAUCUGGAUACUGAGAGUGGAGAGGUCAUUGGACUUUUUUAAAAGAGGCCAUUUUGUUGGGAGUACAGAUAUGAUGGUCCCUGCAGGAUUCCCUCCAUUAUACUGAAGAGCUCUGUCUUCCUCUCGGAUCUGAGAUCAUUGUUAAUGUUGCAAUAGAAGAGAUGUCCAUAAUUGUCCUAAUGUCAUAAUUUUUUACACUAUUGAUCUGUUACAUUUGAAAAAAUUUUCUAAUAAAUCCAUUUGUGAUGAAACGGGAA